AGCUGAAGGUUUUAACAGAAGUAUCUGACGUGUUUAAAGUGAGGUUUCAAACAAAUAAUUCAACCAGCCGACAAAAAUUUGUCUUAAUUAAAAAAAAAACAAUAGACAAAAUGAUUUCUGAUGUGCAGCUUAUGAUUUUUGCCAACUUCUUGGGUGUAUCAUUGUUCCUGUUGGUUGUUUUAUACCAUUAUAUUGAGGCAAAUUAUAUUAAAAACUAAAUCCAAAAUUUGUAGGUUAACAAACACCAAUAUGAAUUAUUCCAAACUUAUGUGUUAUGUAAAUUAAUAAUUAUGGAUUAAAAUAUACUUCAACUUUUCAUUUUUA